UCCACUUUUUUGUCACGCCUGGUGCGAAUUGGAAGUACCUACGGCUCCUAGCGCCGCCGGUGCCACUCCCGAAAGUCAACGACUUCUGACGGACUGCUGCCCACUUACUUCGUUACGUCCUCGCUGCCCGAGAGACAGGCUGCUCAAAACUUCUCUCCCAGACCGACGACGACGACGACGACAACGACAACGACAACGACAGAACAGCGAGCGAUCAGCAAACAACGCCCACGGGGCUAGCAGCUGGUCACCACCCCGACUUUCAUUAGCUCUCUCUCUAUCACACAUAACACAUACACGUGCGCGCGCGCACACACACACAACUCCACAACAGCAGCACACCAUGCUGUCGCAAGCAGUCCGGCACCGCGUGCCGGGGGCGGUUACAUCGUCGUCGCUGCGCCAGUGCUCCAGAGCCAAUGCAGCUGCGCCAUCACCAUCAUCAUGUUCGCGACUGCCGCCGCCAUCGCCGGCGUGGUGGUCCCGCGGGCCGGCGCAGAGGCGCUGGAACACGCCCGCCCCGAGACCCGGCGAGGGGCCGCUCAUGUCCCGCCGCGCCGACCGCGAGCUCCCAGACAUCAAGCAGACACGCUUCCGGUGGUCGCGCUCCCUCCCUCUCUUCCUCGCCGUCGUCGCCGUCUCGGGGCUCGCCAUCUUCAACUACCAAAAGACGUCGUCCCCCAUCGUCGCCUCGACCCUCUACGCCCUGCGCACCUCGCCCCGCGCCCGCGCCCUCCUCGGCGACGACAUCUACUUCAAGCACCCCAUCCCCUGGAUCCGCGGCGAGAUGAACCAGCUCCAGGGCCGCAUCGACAUCCACUUCGCCGUCCGCGGCUCCCGCGGCUCCGGCGUCAUGCGCUUCGCCAGCAACAGGCCCUCGAGCCGCGCCCUCUUCGAGACCACCCAGUGGAGCCUCAAGAUGGAUGAUGCCGCCGCCGCCGCCGACGGUGACUGGGUCGACCUGCUCGAGGACGGGGACCCGUUCAGGACCAUGCUCAACGAUGAUGUGCCGCCGCCGCCGUCGUCGCCCUCACCGGCGCCUGCGGUGGAGGACGCGGCGGACCUCAACGCCACGAGGGGCUUCAGGCAGCAGGGUGCCUUGAACAAGUAGCUUGUCUCGGACAAGUAGACGUGCCUCCCGUGUGAAGUCUACGGCAGAGAAAGAAGGGGGCAACUGGCACGGCGUUGGGUUGGUGGCUUAUCGAUGGAUGGCACAAAUGGUCAUGUAAUUUGCUGUACAGUGGUGGGGGAGAACCGCCCGUGUAUCUAUAUCAUACAAAAGCCCGCUUUCCUUCGAAACUGCCCUUGAUCAAACAUCCACCUC